CGAGAGAAAGCAAAGUAGGAUCAUCAUAACCGGCUGACUCAACAAUAGUUUUGUCUUUAAUGCAAACCGUUUCCCAACUUAAUGUGUCGCUGGCUAUGAUCUACAUUCUAUAGCAAGUGUCUACUUCAUGUGAGCCAUGAAAAUGAAGCGUCAAGAUAUUAAGUGGGACUUGUAACCUCAAGGACGUGUGUGAUUGCUUCAGGACCAUGGAGCCAGAUGUGAUACGUAUGUUCUCAUCUUCUCCACCCCCUAUGGAGGACGGCGCCGAAGAAGAAGACGAUGAGUUUGGUGACUUUGGUGGUUUUUCCGGUGUCCCCAACAGUGUCAGCUUCACAGAGUUUGACACCCCAGCUACCUUCAACCAGAACCAAGCCUUGACCGCCACCUCGCCGCCCGAGCUCCUCAACAACGGAGGUGUGGUUGCAAUCUCUAACCUUAGCUGUGGUUCUGUAAGUCGGGGUCCUGCAGAAGACCUCUCAAAGACCAAUGGGGUUGCGCCGGGAGGGGAUGGCAGUCCUUCUGACCGAACUGUCAACACUGAGGACCUGAAAAGGCUUGCUGACCACUCGCAACCCAACCAUCACUCGAAUUCUCUGGACCUUGACAGGAAUACCCUAACUGACAACAAACCUUCGGAUUGCAAUGGCGGUGUCAUGGAAGUCCUAACAAAUGGCUUUGCCUCUUUCGAAGUGCAGGAAAUCCCCUUCUCCUCACAGCAUGCUGUCCACCCUCACCAGAAAGGAACCUCCACAGAGAGUCCAGACGAGUGCCCUCCUAGCCCGGAAGAAGAUGAUUUUGCAGAUUUUGCUGCUUUUUCUAAUGCAGACAUUCAAGGACACCUCAGCCAGUCGACCAACCUGAGUGAAAACACGGAUUGCACAGAGGGGGGUGAUUGUCUAGCAGAAGGGGCCUACCGACGGAAUUCAAACGUGGGGCAGGAGAGUGGUUCCGAGGACAUCGUCAGGGACGGCCACGUAACCAACGCAAACACUCCGGGGCCUGAUUCCGAUUCUCAUCCUGCCGUGGCCCGUGACAGACUUAGCAAUGGGGACGGGGGCUUUCACACGGACGGUAACACUGAAGAUAGGGACGUAGCCUUUGCACCGGAGCCCUCAAGCUCAGAGGCACUUUGCACUAGGGAACCUGUUGCCCAGAAUGGCAUGGGUUCCGAAGGGUCAGGCGAGGCACUUAUCGAGGAGAACGGAGUUUCGCCAGACACUGGUGGAGACGGGGAAGGAGAGCAAGCGGACGAGAAGGGUUCCGGAAACGAGACCGAGACCGAAACGGAGACGGAGACGUCGUUCGGACGUCCGCUGUCGACCGAAGCCCUAGAGGAGUACGGGGACAUGAGCACUACAGGUUCGGUACCGUCACCACCCCUGCAGGAGGAGAUGGCCACCCCCGUCGGCCACAGUCAACUGGCCAAGGACGACGAAGACUUUGGAGACUUCGGGGACGUGGGCUCGUUUGACGAACAGGGUUUUGCUGAUUUCGAACAGCCCGAGACACAAGAAGACGGUGUUUCGACCGGCUCGAACGCUGUACCCGCGCAGGAACUGGGGGACGAUGAGGACUUUGGCGAUUUCGAUAGCCCCCAAAACCCUCCCGUCGACAAGGACAGGGAGGAGUUCACCGAUUUCCCCGGCAGCGACAGUUUUGCCGAUUUUAGCUCGGCCGCUGUCGCCGCGGACACUGACGCAGACGCUGGCUGGAAUGCCUUUCACGAGCCAGAACAAGGUCAAGGGGAGGGAGACUCCUGGGCUGCGUUUGGGGAACAGAGCGCCGCGCCGUCGGAGAAGAGCGAGGACGAGUGGCAAGAGAGCGGAGCUGGGACAUCUUUUCCAUCCGUCAGGGAUGACACCAGUAGAAGAGAGAGUCUGUCGGCAUCGUUGUCCUGCCGGCUGGAGAAGCUCUUUCAGGCCACCUUCCCAGAGACACCUGUCCCUCAGGUGGGGGAGGAGGUGCUGUCCCUGAAAACCCGUCUGGAGCCCCCUGAGAGGUUACAGCAGGAGGAGGAUGGGAAGGGCAGCGCCACAGAUAACAGGGGAUUGUGGGACGUGUGGAGGCAGCUGCAGGACAUCCACAAUUCCUUCGGCCUGAGGCACCAGUGGGGGGGCUCCCACAGCAACAAAACCCUGCUCUGCUCUCUGGGCAUUGACACCAGGAACAUUUUGUUCACAGGUCAGAAGAAGCAGCCAGUGAUCGUCCCCAUGUAUGCUGCCAGCCUGGGCAUGCUGGAACCCACCAAAGAACCUGUGAAACCCAUUUCGGCCGCUGAGAUGAUUGCGUCCAUAGCACAAGCGCCUCCAGUGGCCCCUGAGCUAAGCACCUGUCCCCCGGAUACAGCGCAGCAGGAAACACUCCCGCCCGUCCAGUUUGACUGGAGCAGCAGUGGCCUUACUAACCCCCUGGAUGCGAGCGGAGGCUCCUCUCUGCUCAACCUCGAUUUCUUUGGGCCCGUGGAGGACUCUGGCUCUAGCGGCUCCACCUCCAUCCCAGGAGUUGACCCGGAGCUGUAUGAGUUGACCACGGCCAAAAUGGAUCCCAGUGGCUCUGGAAGCCGAGUGGCAGAUGCCUUUGCCCGCCUUAUGUCCACCAUGGAUAAAACCAGCACCUCAACAAGAAAACCCCGGAAAGAGGAGAACUUGAGUGAGGAGGCGGCGAAGGUGAUUGCGUGUCUGCCUGACCUGUCCUUCAUGCAGGCCAAGGUCCUGAUGUUCCCCACCACGCUUACACCCCUGGGCUGCUCAGAACCCACAUCGGACUGACCCUCCCCCCCCCCCCCUCAAAACUCCCCCAAUAGCCCUCCUCCUCUCCUCCAUCACCACCAUGUCGCUUCCUGUCAUUUGCUCUUUGACUUUACGGUGGCCAUCAUCGUUUACCCGUCGUUCCUUUUUCUCUAUUUUUUAUUUUUUUUCAGUCGAUUUUUAAUCAUUCUUUUUUUAAUCACGUGAAACAUUUAUCCAUUGUCCAUCAAUAUGGGAAAUGGGUUUGUCAGACCUGGAACAGGCCAAGCCUGUGAGCAAGCUGCAUUAAUAGUAGGAGUGAAGAUAUUAUUUACAGAGAUGUUAGUUUGUUUGUUAAUUUAUAGAUCAAGGUCCUAGAAAAGGUGUAUCAUUUAUAAUAGGAGAAUCAAUGUGUAUAUAAUCAGGGACUAUUAGAGAUUUUUCGUUAUUCUUUUGUGCUGGGAGUGUAUACAUGUUUGUCUUUGUGUGGAAAAUGAAACACUGGUUUAAGUUCUUCAAGCAAAGGUCAAAUAAAUUAAAAUGGAAUAUAUACAACUUAUAUACUUAUACAAAUAUAAAUAUAUAUAUAUAAAUACAUAGAUAUAUAAUGACUUGAAACCACACUGCCUGCAAAAUCCAGCUGAAUGUUUUCCCCAUUGUGUUAAUAGCCUUAGUUUUUCUUUUGUCAUUUUACAUAGGGCCUAGAUUUUUAACCCUUAUUUCUUAACCUAAGGCUAAAAUGCGCUGUUGUUCCAGUACACCCGUUGGUUACUUGUGAUUCAAUCGUACCCUCCCAUCACCAGUCAUUCGACAAGUAUGAAAUUGGCAGUUGGCUGUAUUUUGUGUUUGUAGUUUUCUUUUUUUUUUAUAAUCAAUUUUUGUUUCCCUUUUUCCUUUUCUUAAAUUUUUUUUGGGGGGUGAAAAGAUGUUUAUGGUUUUAACCACUGACAAAAAACACUGAACGAAUUCUGACAUCAGUAGCUGAUUGGAGGUAGACGUACAUCAUAAGGGAAUUAUGGGACCAAUUUCUGUGUUCAGUUACAGUUACGAAGUGCUUUUCGUGGUUUCGCUGUCAUUGUCUAUUCCCUUUUCUUUAUUUCUCUUGCUAUUUGUUAUGUUGUACCACUCAACCUGUUCCCAGGAGGAUUUUGCACAUUGUAAAGAUGAAAUGGAUGUAAUCAUAGUUCACUGUGGCUUUAGACUGUGUACAGUAAAACUAUGGACUGUAAAAUGUAUGGGAAAAUUCCUAUGGAAAAAAUGAAUCACGUGAUGAGCCUGUAAAAAGGUUAACAUGCAUGCCCGGGUUCUUUUCAGACUAAGUGUGUAAAUUUACUUUUAGUGUACACAAGAAAUUAAAAUAAUUUAAGAGAAA